GAAACCCUAGCUUUUGAAAAUUCCUCAUAGCCAUCGUCAUCAAUGGCUGUCUCAGAGGAAGAGUGUUCCUCCGCCAAGUCCCGAUCGUCGUCGUCGGCCUCCUCCUCCACCAGCUCUUACUACCUCGCCAAGUGCGUCCUCCGCGGAAGCGUCGUUCUUCAGGUCCUCUACGGUCACAUCCGCUUCCCCAACUCUUACGACGUCGUCUUCGGCAAGGAGACUUCAAUAGAGUUGGUAAUAAUUGGGGAAGAUGGGAUUGUACAAUCUAUAUGUGAGCAGCCUGUGUUUGGUACAAUUAAAGACAUUUCCAUUCUACCCUGGAAUGACAAAUUCUGCACACAAAACCCGCAGAUGGUGGGUAAAGACCUUUUGGUUGUUAUUUCUGAUUCUGGGAAGCUCUCGUUUCUCUCGUUUUGCAAUGAAAUGCACAGGUUUUUUCCUGUGACACAAGUUCAACUUUCUAAUCCUGGAAAUUCAAGGAAUCAGCUUGGAAGAAUGCUAGCAAUCGAUUCAAGUGGCUGUUUCAUUGCUGCUAGUGCUUAUGAAAACCGUUUGGCUAUGUUCUCUGUUUCGUUGUCUGGAGGCAGUGACAUUAUUGAUAAGAAAAUACUAUUUCCCCCAGAAAAUGAACAAGAUGGGAGUGCUGCCAGAGUCCAGAAAAACAGUAUUCAGGGUACUAUAUGGAGCAUGAGCUUUAUUUCAAAGGAUCCUAGGCAAUCAAGUAAGGGGCAUAGUCCUGUACUUGCCAUUAUUCUAAAUAGGAGAGAUGCAGUCCUUAAUGAAUUGCUGUUACUGGGAUGGAAUAUUAGGGAUCAGGAUAUAUAUGUUAUUUCUACAUACGUAGAAGAUGGACCGUUAGCACAUAGUAUUGUUGAAGUUCCUCAUUCCCCUGGAUUUGCUUUUAUGUUUAGGGAGGGUGAUGCUCUCCUAAUGGAUCUUAGAGAUGCACACAACCCCUUCUGUGUCUGUAGAACAAGCCCAAAUUUCUUAUCCAAUGUGGUUGAUGAGGCAAAUUUUGUUCAAGAGUCAUCUAGAGGAUGUGAUCUGUCUAGAGUACUUCAGGUUGAUGAUGAAGGAGGUUUAUUCAAUGUAGCUGCUUGUGCUUUACUAGAACUGAGCGAUUUAGAUCCAAUGUGCAUAGACGGUGAUAAAUACAAUGUGAAUGUGACUUACAAACAUGUGUGUUCAUGGUCUUGGGAACUGGGGAAUGUAAAAAAUCCUAGAAUGAUCGUUUGUGCAGAUACAGGAGAAUAUUUCAUGAUCGAAAUUAUCUUUGGUCCUGAUGGCCCCAAGGUUCAAGAAUCUGAAUGUCUUUACCAAGGUUCACCAUCCAAGGCACUUCUGUGGGCUGAAGGCGGGUUUCUUGCUGCACUACUAGACAUGGGGGAUGGAAUGGUCUUGAAAAUGGAAAAUGGAACGCUUCUUUACACAAGCCCUAUUCAAAAUAUUGCCCCAGUGUUGGAUAUGUCAGUUGUGGAUUACCAUGAUGAAAAACAUGAUCAAAUGUUUGCCUGUUGUGGAGUGGCACCUGAGGGAUCAUUAAGGAUUAUUAGAAGUGGUAUCAGUGUGGAAAAGCUAUUAAGGACUGCGCCUAUUUAUCAAGGAAUUACUGGUACUUGGACAUUACGAAUGAAAGUAAUUGAUUCUUAUCAUUCCUUUCUUGUGCUGUCAUUUGUAGAGGAGACCAGGGUAUUGUCAGUUGGUUUAAGCUUUACUGAUGUGACGGAUUCUGUUGGUUUUCAGCCUGAUGUUAGUACUUUGGCUUGUGGUAUUGUAAAUGAUGGGUUGCUGGUUCAGAUUCACAAAAAUGCAGUUAGGGUCUGUUUGCCCACCAAGGCUGCCCAUUCUGAAGGUAUUCCACUUCCUUCUCCUGUUUUCACAUCUUGGUUCCCAGAAAAUAUGAGUAUCAGUUUGGGGGCUGUUGGCCAUAAUCUCAUUGUUGUUUCUUCAUCUAAUCCAUGCUUUUUAUUCAUUCUUGGGGUCAGAGUGCUUUCGUCACAUCAGUAUGAAAUUUAUGAGAUGCAACAUUUGAGCUUGCAAAAUGAAUUAUCAUGUGUUUCUAUUCCUCAUAAAUGUUUUGGGCAAACCAAUAAUACUCUCCCAUUUGGAGUCGAUGUAAGUAAUACCUUUGUUAUUGGCACACACAAGCCCUCAGUGGAAGUUUUGUCUUAUGUGCCUAAUGAAGGCGUGACAAUUCUUGCUUCUGGGAUGAUCUCAUUAACAAAUACUUUAGGAACAGCUAUCAGUGGCUGCAUUCCUCAAGAUGUAAGGCUUGUAUUAGUUGACAGAUUGUAUGUCCUUGCGGGAUUGAGGAAUGGAAUGCUACUUCGUUUCGAAUGGCCUGCUGCCUCUGCAAUGCCUCUGUCUGUUUUAACCAGUCACAGUCUUGUUGGCCGACAAAUAUAUGAUAAGUUAUAUGAGAAGACAAAGGACUAUUAUCCUGUUGAGCUGCAAUUGAUUGCCACUCGUCGCAUUGGCAUCACUCCUGUUUUCUUGGUUCCUUUGAGUGACUCGCUAGAUGGUGAUAUAGUUGUUCUCAGUGAUAGGCCUUGGUUGUUACAUACUGCAAGGCACAGUAUCUCGUACACUUCUAUCUCAUUUCAAUCAUCAACACAUGUCACUCCUGUAUGUUAUGUCGAAUGCCCUAAGGGAAUUUUAUUUGUUGCAGAGAACUGUCUACAUUUGGUAGAGAUGGUGCACAGCAAGAGGCUUAAUGUGCAGAAGUUUCAUCUUGGAGGCACUCCAAGAGAGGUCCUUUAUCAUAGUGAAAGCAGGCUAUUGCUUGUGAUGAGGACUGAUUUGAUUGAUGAUACAUGCUCAUCAGAUGUAUGUUGCAUUGAUCCUCUAAGUGGGUCUGUGCUGUCAUCCUUCAAACUUGAAGCCGGUGAAACAGGAAAAUCAAUGGAGUUAGUGAGGGUUGGAAACGAACAAGUUCUUGUGGUUGGGACGAGCUUAUCUUCUGGUCCAGCCAUAAUGCCCAGUGGUGAGGCUGAGAGUACCAAGGGCCGUCUUAUUGUUCUUUGUCUUGAACACGUGCAAAAUUCAGACAGUGGCUCAAUGACAUUCUGCUCAAAGGCAGGGUCAUCUUCUCAACGAGCAUCUCCGUUUCAUGAAAUUGUUGGAUAUGCCACAGAACAGCUUUCUAGCAGUAGUCUCUGCAGUAGUCCAGAUGACACUAGCUGUGAUGGAAUUAAACUUGAAGAAACUGAAGCAUGGCAGUUUCGAGUCGCUUAUUCAUCCACAUGGUCUGGAAUGGUACUUGCAAUCUGCUCUUAUCUUGAUCGUUACUUCUUGGCUUCUGCUGGCAAUGCUUUUUAUGUAUGUGGUUUCCCUAAUGACAAUCCACAAAGAGUGAGAAAGUUUAAUGUGGCAAGGACACGUUUUAUGAUUACAUCAUUGACUACACAUUUCACUACAAUUGCUGUUGGUGAUUGUCGUGAUGGUGUCCUUUUCUAUGCUUAUCAUGAGGAUUCCAAAAAGCUGCAGCAACUGUACUUUGAUCCAUGUCAGAGAUUAGUUGCUGAUUGCAUUCUUAUGGAUGUCAAUACUGCUGUUGUUUCAGAUCGGAAGGGAAGCAUUGCUGUCCUUUCAUCUGCAGAUUACUCUGAAGAUAGUGCAAGUCCAGAAUGUAAUUUAACAGUGAGCUGUGCUUAUUAUAUGGGGGAGAUAGCUAUGAGCAUCAGGAAGGGGUCAUUUUCAUAUAAACUUCCAGCUGAUGAUCUAUUGAAGGGCAGUGAUGGAAAUAUUGACUUCUCUCGAAAUGCUAUCAUUGUGAGUACGCUGCUUGGAAGCAUAAUAACCUUCGUUCCAAUAUCCAGGGAAGAAUAUGAACUCUUAGAAGCUGUCCAAGAUAGACUGGUGGUGCAUCCGUCAACUGCUCCUAUUCUUGGGAAUGAUCACAAUGAGUAUCGUGGUCGUGAAAACCCGGCGGGAGUGCCUAAGAUACUUGACGGUGACAUGCUCUCUCAAUUCUUGGAGCUCACAAAUAUGCAACAAGAGGAUGUACUAUCAACACCUUUUGGUGCACAAGGCACACCAAAGCCCUCUCUGAAAUCACGAAAUGUACCAAUACCUGUUAAUCAGGUUGUUCAACUCCUAGAGCGGGUUCAUUAUGCCUUAAACUAAACGUUGAUUUUCUUUUGAUUGUGAGCUGGAAGUUGGCUUCAAGCCUCCAACCGAGGAAGCUAACAGGCGGGUGGCGACUGUGCACAUUUGAACGACCUUGUUGCAAGAUCUCAAUUCUGAACUGUUAAUACUGCGGAGUUAUCCAUCAUGCCGAUGAGGCGAAAAAUCUUGGAUGGGGCAACUGCUGCCCUUGAAAUGCAACUGUGGAACACGGAUGAAAGUGCUUUCAGGUAAUUCUGUAUUUGGGUAGAUGUGCUUGCUCAUUUGGGCUGCUGGUAAAUAAAACAAUCAAUGUAACAAUAUCUUUUUACUUGAAACAAUCCAAAAAAUAAUAAUCUUAAUGCAUUUCUACUGUAAA